AUGCCUGCAGAUGCGCCGUACAAGAACGCCCACUCGCCUCCCAUACCACGCACCUCUGCUCUUCAGGGACCGGCCUGCCAGACUGCCGGAUCAUACUUGGCGCUGGACAUUCAUGCUCGAUCAACGAACUCCGGAACCCCCCUAGCUUCGGCAUUGCACCUCUCGACACAAUCGCAUCAUGCAGAUCAUAGCUCGCCGUGGGCAUUCCUCACAUGCUCGUCGCGCUGGCAUACAUCCUUUGCUGGCGACGGAUAA